UUUAAAUUAAUUUUUUUAUAUAUAUAUUGUUAUUUUUUAUUUUUUAAAUUUUUGGGGGGCAGACUCGUGAGGGAACCGAUUUGUCAGCCCCUGCUCGGUGUUUGAUAACCGAUGUAGGAUUUCGACAUGCCCUGCGCUGACGACCCCAAAGGCGGACCAUUAUGACUACAUCGGCGAAUUGGGUGGCUAACGGGGCAAGCCUUGAGGACUGCCACUCCAACAUCUUCUCUCUGGCGGAGUUGACAGGCAUUAAAUGGCGUUGCUACAGGUUCUCCAGCGGCGGGGAGUACGGGCCCGUGAUAUCCGCCCCGGCCCAGGACGACCCGGUUCUGCGCAGCUUCAUGCGCUGCGUGCAGUCCAACCUGCUGUGCGUGUGGCGACGCAAAAUCAAGCCCGAUGCCAAGGAGCUGUGGAUCUUCUGGUGGGGCGAAGAACCCAACCUUACUGGUGUCAUUCAUCAAGAGCUGGAAGUUGGUGAGGAGGGCCUGUGGGAGUGUGGGCUUUCCUACGAGUGCAGAACCCUUCUGUUCAAGGCCAUACACAACCUGCUGGAAAGAUGUUUGACGGAUAAGGGGUUCGUGAGGAUUGGAAAAUGGUUCUUCAAGCCGCACGAGCUGGAGGAGAAGUCUUUAGGCAACACCGAACACCUGUCGUGUUCCUUCUCCUUCUUCCUCCAUGGAGAGAGCAACGUGUGCACAAGUGUGGAGAUUGCCCAGCACCAGCCUGCGUACCACAUCACAGAACACCACAUCCGUCUCGCGCAGACCUCCGUCACACCAGUACAGGUGAUCCUGAGUCCGUACGGUCUGAGCGGCACUCUUACAGGUCAGGCCUAUAAGAUGAGUGAUCCAGCAGUGCGGAAGCUGAUGGAGGAGUGGAGCUACUUCUACCCCAUGGUACUUCAGCAGAAAGAGGGAGGUGGAGAGAAGGAAAAAGAGGAAACGAGCCAGGCCUACGAUCGCAACAGUCACGUGGCGGUGGAGGUGGUUGUAGGUGGAGUAAGAAUGACCUACCCAGCUGCUUUCGUGCUAAUUGCCCAAGGAGACCUACCAGUGGAGCAGCCUCCACCUGUUCCCACAGCUCAGGGCCUCAACAAAGAGCUGAACCACUGCAGCGUGCCACUGACGCCACCAACAUCACCAGAGCAGCCAUGCUCCGCGGACAGCGGCUUCGUAACCUCAGCCUCGAGUGUGCCCACACCAGACAGCAGCAUGAGUAUCACCAGCAUCAGCCCAAAGCAUUCUGGGAAGAAGCUGACUUGUCAGGUGGUCCAUCAGGCCUGGAGGGAGUGCUAUCUCAACCAGCCUCAGCAUGUACCGAAUCAGUCAACUGAAGUAACGCCUCGAAAGGAAGUGCCAAAUAGAGUUACCACGUGGGAUUUCAACGAUCUGGGAGCGAGAGCACCCUGCAGCUGCUCUAGGUUAAAGCAGCAGAAGUCAAAUCUGACCACUGCGUCCACUGCCAACUCCCAAACUAGUGCCAACCCCACUCAGUCUUCUGGCCCAUCAUUGUACACUCCCUCCCUGCCCAAACACAAGACCAGUGACAAGACAGAAAAGGGUGACAAACAGUCCAAGAGGCCAGCUGUUAUUCCUUUCCACCAUCGUCUGUCUGUCACACAGGAGAGUCCUCUGGAACAGGACUCUCCAGGAGGGCCCCAGCUCGGUGGCCUCGUGGCGCUGGAUCCACCCAUAGAGUCCCUGGCCACUCUGCCAACCUGCAAGUAUUCCAAGCCCCACUCCAAUGGCAGAAAAGCCCCUGAGUCCCUUCUCCAUUCACCAGUAUCUCCACUUCCACCCACUCUUAGCCCGCAUCCCCGGGUACAAGACCCAGAGGCUAUGGAUGGGCCUGUGGAUAUGCCCGUCUGUCAAGAUGGUGCUUCAGGAUUGGGGGUGAUUACUAGCGAGACAGCUGUGUAUGCAGCUCUGCUGAGGCAGAGGGAGAGUGGGGCUGGCUGGUGGAGAGGCUUCAGGACUCCCAGGACUGAUAAGACUGACUUUAGACCCUCUGAACUCCCCAUUGAUAAACUAGAGGAAGUGACAACAGACACAACCAUCGAGGGAGCUUCGCUUAAAAGACUAUACGCACAGGCGCACAAGAGAUUUAAAAUCUCAGAGGAGCGAGUGAGGCAACACAUCCAAACUUUGGGCCUGUUCCAGCAGCCAGGUGUGGAGGCACUUCGGGAUAAUGGGGAUGAUCCCUAUGACUUUAAGGAAGGAGACAUUGAGUACACUUUCUCCACUUCCAAGAGAUUAAAGGGUCAAGGGCGAGAACCCAGCAAGAAGGCCAAGGGAGAAGAAAUCACCAGCAAUGGAGCGUUAACUGAUGGAAAAGAUGCUAUGUCCAUUUUUAACUCUGCUCCAAAAUCAGACGAAUCAGGCCAGGACGACGGAGCUGCUAAAACCAAUCCCUCUCUGACCAGAGAAAUAGAUCUAGUGGUCAACAUCUCUGAUCUAGACAACAUACUUGAUGAAGACGAUGAAGACCCGGGGACUGUUUACCCAAACCAGCACUCAACUAAGGUACCAGUGUCAACAGAAGAUCGUCCUAUUGGAAAAGAAGGAAGAGUUGCAGUACCUUAUCCAUCAACAGUAGCAGAUCUCCAGCGGAUGUUUCCCACCCCGCCUUCUCUAGAGCAGCACCCAGCCUUCUCACCCAUCAUGACCUAUCGGGACACCCCGAGUCAAGAGCCCCCUGCGCCCACUGGACCAGCUGACCACCUUCCUACAGCGGCCUCCACCCAGCUGACUGAACACAGGAUGGAGGUGGAGGAUAACAUUGGUAGUCCCAGGCAGGAGGAUAUCAAGCCGCUGAUAGGCUCCUCCAUGUUUGCUCCACUAGCCUGCCUACCCAGCCAGAAUCUUCCACCACUCAAGAUUCCUGAACAGUGUUAUUACCGUCCUUCCUGGUCCUUGUUGCCCAAGAUGGAACAUUUCCCCACGGUCAUGCAUCCCCAGAAUUCUGCCUUCAACAAGGAUGGAUACAUAAAUAUUCCCAGUGUUCCCCUCGCUGACCAGGACUAUGUGCCGAUGAGUGGAGCUACUGCCUCUACCAGUACCACUACUGGCAUCCUCCCAUCUCCUGCCACCCCACGCUUCUCUGUGCCCACCCCAAGAACUCCACGUACACCACGGGGUAUUAACACUGCAAGCUCUGGACAGGGUUCGGUAAAGCAGGAUGGUACUGAGCUUAGCUCACCAGUUUCCACCCCUUCUACAAGCCUGCCUCUCAGCUCUGUAGAGCCCCUAGCUCGGCCGGGCCCGUCUCUGCCUGAGGCCCACAGCCUGUACACAAUCCUCCUCCUCUCAGACUCUGUCCUCAGUGUCUUCAAGGAUCGCAACUUUGACAGCUGCUGUAUUUGUGCCUGCAACCAGAAUGUCAAAGGAGCAGACGUGGGGGUUUAUAUCCCAGAUUCCACUGGUGAAGAUCAAUAUCGCUGCAUGUGUGGCUUCAGCGCCAUCGUGAACAGGCGACUGGCCCUCGGAACAGGCCUCUUCCUGGAGGACGAGCUCGACAUUUUUGGUCGAACCUCCGAAGUAGGGCGAGCAGCUGAGAGGAGGUUAGCACUUUCCAGACGGGACCCGACUAUGGGAGACUCCAAGGCCAAGCGACCGCAGGAUGCAGCGCCUGCCUCUCCUGCGGUCAUGGUCCUUUUACAGGAACAGUGCUCCCACCCAAUUUCUUCUCUGGCUUCACUUCAUCUCCCCCUGAGCUGCUCCUGCCACGGCCGCAAAGGGGCACUCCUCCAGAGCUGGAUGUCUGAAAAACAGUGGGCAGAUGGGAGUGAUGCCUGUACGGCCUGCUACAAUGCUUUGGAGCAGGGACUUCAGUAUGUGGAUAACCCCACAGGAGGGAAAGUAGAUCUAUCUGUUGUCAGAAGUACCGCUCUCCACUCCUGGCCUCACACUAAUGUGGUGGAUAUGAGCAUGUUGUCGUCACAGGAUAUGGUGCGCAUGCUGCUGUCUUUGCAGCCUUUCCUGCAGGAUGCCAUCCAGAAAAAGAGAACCGGACGGACCUGGGAAAACAUCCAGCAUGUUCAGGGUCCGCUCACCUGGCAGCAGUUUCAUAAGAUGGCCGGGAGAGGUUCUUAUGGUUCAGAGGAGUCUCCGGAGCCCCUGCCCAUUCCUACAGUGCUGCUGGGUUAUGACCGGGAGAGGGACUUCUUGGCACUGUCCCCGCUGGCGUUGCCUUUCUGGGAGAAGUUGCUGCUGGAACCUUACGGUGGGCAACGAGAUGUUGCUUAUAUGGUGGUUUGUCCCAACAGCCCCUCGCUUUUGUCUGCUGCCCGAUCCUUCUUUCUGGAGCUGAGUGCUGUUUAUGAGACAUGCCGUCUUGGGAAGCACCGUCCACUGGCCAAGGUGUCCAGAGAUGGCAUCGUGCGCGUGGGAGAAGAUGUGGAGAAAGAAAAGCUAGAGGAGCUGGAUGUGGACCAGUGGUUGACUGGACCCUGGGUUGGACAGCAGCACACUGACAACCUCAACAAACUCAAACUUUAUGCUUAUGCUUGCAAGCAGCAGCUUGGCCCCCAGCUCUCUGCCCUGCCAUUGGACAGCAGUCUUCUGUUACCUCCCAAAGCCCAGCCGCCUGUGAACAACACAUCCUCAGCUCAGCCUUCUUCUUCCACUCAAGAAGGAGAACAAACUACAGGUGGUGCCAGUUCAGUAAAUGCUUCAGCCCCAACUGGAGCAACUUCAGGCCAGACAGAAGAGACCCAAGCAGGAGCCAGUGACUCCAAAGGACCUCCUGGUUCCACCCCACCAGCCAACACACCAGCAGAAAACCCUGAACUCUCUUCCGAGCAGUCUAGAAUAGGCAUCCCCACUGUGGCUGACUCAGUGGACAGCCAUGCCAACCCACCAGCUAUCGUUAUUUACAUAGUGGACGCUUUCCUGAGCUCAAGCGGAGCGAGAAACGAUGGAGGGGAGGAGGAAGAAGGUGACGAGGUAGAGUCAAGUAGCAUUUGGCUGCUAGGGCUUCUCCGCUGCUACACAGAGAUGCUGCAGACACUGCCUGAAACAACAAGACCCGCACUGGUGCUACAGGUGGUGCCGUGCCAGUAUCUCCUCCAGCCAGCUAGCGGAGAGAGCCAUUUGUACCUGCAACACCUGCGCUCCCUGGCCUUCUCUUGUUACUCUCAAUGCAGGCGUCUACUACCCCAGCAAACACAUAUAAAGUCCCUGACUGGUUUUGGCCCAGUUUCCACUGUCAGUUCGGUACUUAAGAGUCCAGAGCACCCCAGCCCACUGCAGCUGUACACUCCACCCUUUGUGCUCGGUCCGAGCCGUCCCAAGCAGCCAGAACCAGGAGAAAUAUGGGCAGAGCUGCCUCCCAAAUACAACGUGCUCUUUGUAGGAUACUGCCUGUCACAUGACCAGCGUUGGCUGCUUGUUUCCUGCACUGACCAGCAAGGAGAGCUCUUAGAGACUUGUAUUAUCAACAUUGAUGUGCCCAACAGAGCCCGCCGUCCUAAGGUGUCAGCUAGGAAGAUGGGACUACAGAAGCUGUGGGAGUGGUGCAUUGGCAUCAUUCAGAUGACAUCGCUGCCAUGGAGGAUUGUUAUUGGUCGAUUAGGCCGACUAGGCCACGGGGAGCUUAAAGACUGGAGUUCACUCCUUGGGGAGCACUCCCUCCACUCAAUAGGACGCCAGCUGAGGGAGGCGUGCCGCAUGUGUGGGAUCUCAGCUGCUGACUCUCCAACAAUCCUCAGCGCCUGCCUGGUCGCCUUGGAGCCACAGGGCUCCUUUGUGGUCAUGCCUGAUGCGGUUACCAUGGGCUCUGUGUUUGGCCGCAGCACUGCUUUGAACUUGCAGACCUCGCAGCUAAACACACCUCAGGAUGCUUCCUGUACACACAUUCUAGUCUUCCCAACUUCUUCAACUACCCAGCUGGCGUCCAGCUCCUACCCGACAGAAGACAAUAAUGAUGACAUGUUUGAUCUUCCCUUUCCUGAUGAACUGGAGAAUGACAUUGGCAUUGGCAUAAUGCUGAACCUCCACUCUUCACCCAACACCUCUCCCGUGCCCUCGCCUGGGUCUCCAUCUGGGAUGGGAAUGGGAUCCCAUUUCCAGCACACCAGGAGCCAGGGAGAGCGCUUGCUGUCAAGGGACAAUCCCCCGGAGGAGCUAAAGCAGCAGCCGCUGGCUCUGGGCUACUACGUCUCCACUGCACAGGCGAGCGGACUUCCUCACUGGUUCUGGGCCUCUUGCCCGCAGGCUGAGAAACAGUGUCCGCUUUUCCUCAAGGCCUCUCUUCACCACCACAUCUCCAUAACACAGUCAGAUGAGAUCGUGUCAGAGAAGACUAAGAGGGCCCCACACCCCUUGGAUUCAAAGACCACUUCUGACGUGCUCAGGUUUGUGCUGGAGCAGUACAAUGCCCUCUCUUGGCUGACGUGUACCCCUGCCACUCAAGAUCGCCAAUCCUGCCUGCCCGUCCACCUGGCCAUACUAGUCCAGAUGUACAAUGCCAUCCUAAACAUGCUUUAGCUUUUGUGAGACUUCCAGGACAGCAGUCAUGGGCCGAGGGUUAGCAUAAUUUCUCCUGUGCCUACACCUCUUUCCGACCACCAGAGAGCACCAGAGCUCCUCUGUUGUAUUAGGUACACAUGGAUUGAUGGCCAAAUAAAGGACAGGACAAGCCAGACAAUCCCAUGCCUGGAAUGUAACGAAUAAAAGAAGAGCGAAAUGUUUUCAACAGCAACGUCACUCAGCUGCGAUGCAGAGGAAAGCCAGUGCAGGGUGUACCUUCAGAAAUGGUUCUGUGAACAUUUCGGGGAACACGGACAGAUCCAUCCCAACUAUGCCUAUCCAAGAAAAAAACAAAAAACAAACCAUUAUAUCCCACAUGGGCAGCAUCUCUUUGUGUGUUUUGAAGCAUCUGUGGAUGACAUUUACAGAGAAGCUCCGUACGGUUCUUUUUUAAACACCCUCAUCUGUCAAAAGGGACUUCUGUGCAGGGUCACAUGACUCCACAUGACGUGUUUUACAACCAGCAGAGUGACGUGAGAUCACAAGUGCGUGUCUUUGUUACAUCGAAGGUGUUUUUACAUUUUUUGUAUAGAACUGAGCUCCUUGUGUCUCGGUUGCUGGUUGGUUACUGAAACUUUUACCUUCACUCUGAGAGGAGCAACUCCCACUCGCUCCAGAAGGGGGGACUAUUUGAUAAUGGCACUUUUUUCCCCCCUCGUACCUUCCAAAGUGUUGUAGAUAUGAACACGAUGGAAAAUAUUUGUACAGUUGAGUAACAUGUGUUGUUUAUAAUGUAUGGCAUACAUUUACAAAGAAUCGAGACUUAUUUUUAAUAUUUAAAACGAGAAAAUGAGAAACUUAAACAAGGCCUUUUUGUUCCCAUUCGACCAUUAAUCGUCUUGGGAUCUGAAAUAAAAAUUUGUCAUUUUAAUGCAGUUGUAAAGACGCCAUAUUUAUACAAAUUAUAUCAUGUCAUAGAAUUUGAUAUAUAUAUACAUAUAUAUAUCUAUAUAUAUAUGUGUGUACAUACAUAAAUAUAUAUUACCUCUUUCAAGCAGGCACUUAAUGUUACUGGGGAUGGGCACAGUCUGAGCAUUUAUUAAAGAUGCAUUUUAGUUUCUUUUUGUUUUCUACGGAUGCUGAACAUUUUAACUUUUUAUUUAAGUUAAAUUAAAUUCACGCAGGGGAUACGCUAUGAACUGUAUAUUUAUAAAGUGUUCCUAUUCUCCUAACAAAAACUUGAAAUAGGCAAUAAAAAACCACGGUAUUGCGAGAUUAUGAAACAUUUCCGAAUGAUGCUUUACUUUAUUGGCUCUCCUAAAUGAUGUCAAGAAAACCAUUAGAAAGGCCUGUCUCUCUUCAGCUUCCCUCAGUCUGCUCUUUGUUAGAUUCCUAGCAUGUUUGUAUAUACACUUUUCAGAUGUGUUUUUUGGAGUUUCUUAAAGUUGUACAUUUAAUGCUGGUUGGUUUACUUUCACUUAAUUCAUAUCAAAGUAUUUUUUUCCCUUUGAGCUUUUUUUUUUUGAUAUACAGUGCAAAACUCAUUUAAUUACAGCCAAGAGGUUAAAUUGCCAAGUAAGUAUACACAAAUGUACAAAGGCAAGUUUGCAAAAAUUUGUUACAUCUGUCAUCACUUUGAAUAUCAAACAGAUCCACUUUGGUGGGAGAGAUCUGUUACUUUUACACUCUUUUUUUUAGUAAAUUAUUAAAACUCUUGCAAAUGAA